GUUGGAAACAUCGGGCAUUAUCUAGUUUCCACGUCUCCAUCGUGCUUGACAUUUUGGACUUCCUGAUAAUUUUUCUGCUCCACUGUAAUUCCAGGAAUUCCCCAAUGCAAGUAGUUUAGAGAAAAUUAAAAAAAAUAUCUUGGAGCUUGACAUAAUUAUGUGCUUCUUAUAACAUUAGUGGAACGGAUUAUUAUAAAUAUUUUUUUAAUUGAGUGCAAAGAAGUGAAAGUGAGUCAUGGCUAGUCCUCGAACUCGAAGAGUCCUCCAGGAUCUGAGACCAGACAAUGGAAAUACGAAAUGCUUUGAAUGUGGGACACACAAUCCUCAAUGGGUUUCAGUCACUUAUGGCAUCUGGAUAUGCCUGGAGUGUUCUGGGAAGCACCGUGGAUUGGGUGUUCAUCUGUCUUUUGUGCGGUCCGUGACCAUGGACAAGUGGAAGGAUGUGGAAUUGGAGAAGAUGAAAGUGGGCGGGAAUAAGAGAGCACGAGAAUUUUUUGAUACCCAAUCCGAUUGGGAUGAGACAAUGCCCAUCCAACAGCGCUACAAUACCCGAGCUGCUGCCCUGUAUCGGGAAAAGAUAAAUGCCCUGGCACAGGGCAAGGCAUGGGAUGAAUCAAAGGCAUCUGUUAAGGGAACAAAUCAAACUUCCACUUCGUCACUUUCCUAUUCGCACAGUGAAGGAGCAAUCUCAUCGAAUUCUACCACUGGCUACGAUUCCUACAAUUCCGGCAGUGGAGGCUACCAAGAUGGUGGUGGCUAUCAGAAUUUCAAUUCACAGGAAUUCAGGGAUCAAAAGGAAUCAUUCUUUAACAAGAAACAACAGGAAAAUGCUUCGAGGCCAGAUCAUUUACCGCCUAAUCAAGGUGGAAAGUAUUCUGGAUUUGGCUUCACACGUGAUCCUCCACCUAAAAGUCAAUCCCAGGAAUUCUUCGAUACAACCCUGACAUCUCUUGCCAGUGGUUGGAGUCUCCUGUCUCUAGGAGCAUCGAAGGUAGCUUCAACAGCUAAAGAAAAUGCCCUUAAAUACGGAAGUCUAGCCUCACAAAAGGUAGCUGAUGUAUCAAGUACUGUAGGUGAAAAGGUUAAAGAUGGAACCCUUUUAAAUGACGUAGGCAAUCAAGUUUCAACUUUGGCUAAUAAGGUUGGCGAAUUGGGUAAAAAGAGUUGGACGUCAAUUAGUACUGGAGUCCCCUCACAAGAUGGCUAUACAUCUCCCGGCGAGAGUCUGAAUGACCAUCAGUAUGACGGAUAUCAGAGAUCAUCUUCGGUGAAUGGAGGAAAAAGGGCUGAUAGUUGGGAGGGAAAUUGGACAGAUGAUAAAUACAAUUGCAAUGCAUCCUAUCAGAAUUCUGAUGCAGGCAAUGAUGCUGAUGAGUGGAAUGGAUUUGAAUCUGCAUCAGGGACACCAGAAGUGACCAAAACAACCGUCCCAGCUACGAGAAAGAGUUUAAAACCAACAAAACCAAGUCAUACCGAUGACUUUUCUGCACUCGAUGUGAAAUCCAUGAAGCCAAAAAGCUCCCAAAAUUCCAAGAAAAAGGACGAAGAUGACUUCUGGGAGAUGCUCAACAAUUGAGUAGGGAGACAAUUUUGUGUGUAAUGGCAUUUUCUGCCCAGAUAGGCAUCAUUUGAGAAUUAUAUAAAUGAAUUUUAGCGCAAAAAAAUUGUAAUCUAUUGAAUGUUUGAAUGAAUAAUAAUAAUAAUAAAAAUAUUAGAUAAAUUUAAAA